AUGGCGCCGGGCGGCCACCCGAUGCACCGCGCGAACGCGACGGCGCGCGCGGCGUUCAAGGCGAGCCUGCCGACGAUCCGCGACUACGCCGAGUCGCCGGGCAUCCCGUCCUGCGCGUGCAAGAUGGUGCUCGGGCGGCCCUGCGGCGGCGCCGCGCGGCUCACGGCCGCGGACGCCGCGGAGGCCGUGCGCCGCGUCACCGAGGACUUCCUCUUCGUCGGCUCCCAGGACCACUUCCGCGCGUCCGUCGCGCUCGCGCACGCGAUGCUCGCGCCGGGCCUGCCGCCGGACUACGCGAAGCAGGUCGAGACGACGUCCGCGCGCCACGGCUACACGCGGGCCGACCGGGACGCCGCCGUCGCGAACCUCACGGGCUACGUCGACGCCUGCGACGAGGCGCUCUACGCCGCGGGCCUCGCGCUCUUCGAGGCACGCUGCGCCAAAUACGGCGUCCCCGUGGACGGCAACGCGCACGAGUCCUGGAAGGGCGAGCGGCCGCCGGAGGCGCGCGAGACCGACGCCGCGCGCCUCGAGCGCCGCUCCGCGAAGCGCGCGCGCGCCGAGGCCCGGGAGCGGCUCAAGCGGGACGCGGCCGGCGCGCGCGGCGGCAGCAGCGUGUGGACGCGGACCGCGCCCGGCUUCGAGCGGCGGGACCACUGCGCGCGCGGCGCGGCCUGGAUCCGCGAGGAGUGCAAGAGGGACGCCGCGGCCUAG